CAUAUUAGCUUCUCUCUCUCUCUCUCUCACACGCUCUCUACUUGUUUUGUUUAACUUUUCUCUCUCUAACCCCAAACCUCAACCAGUUCACGAUCUCUCUGAUUUCAUUUUCUGAGCGAUCAAUUACAUAAGAAAGAAGAGAGAAUCAGAGGCUUCGAGCACCAUGUCGAUGUCCGAUUCCGAUUCGACGUCGUCUUAUGGCUCCGACUACAAGAAUUUCAGACAAUCCAGCCGCGAGCGAUUAUUGCAUGAAAUGCUUCGGUCAUCCAAAACAGGGGAUUCAAAAUCAACUUGGAAGGUACUUAUCAUGGACAAACUUACCGUUAAGGUAAUGUCUUACUCGUGCAAGAUGGCUGAUAUCACAGACGAAGGUGUUUCAUUGGUAGAAGACAUAUACAGGAGAAGGCAGCCAUUACCAUCCAUGGAUGCUAUAUACUUCAUCCAGCCAUCUAGAGAGAAUGUUAUAAUGCUCUUGUCAGACAUGGCGGGGAAAGCACCAUUAUACAGGAAGGCAUUUAUUUUCUUCAGUUCACCUAUAUCAAGAGAACUGGUUAAUCACAUCAAGAAGGAUACAACUAUUUUACCUCGAAUUGUUGCACUGAAAGAGAUGAAUUUGGAGUACUUUGCUAUAGACAGCCAGGGUUUUAUCACCAAUAAUGAGAGGGCUUUAGAGGAACUUUUGGGGGAUGAGGAGAAUACUCGCAAAGGUGUUAUGUGUUUGAAUGUGAUGGCUACCCGAAUUGCUACAGUUUUUGCUUCACUAAGGGAAUUUCCUAUGGUACGCUACCGUGCUGCUAAGUCCUUAGAUGCAACUACAAUGACAACUUUCCGUGAUCUAAUUCCUACAAAGCUCGCUGCUGGAGUCUGGGACUGUAUUAUGAAAUAUAAAUCACUUCCUGGCUUUCCUAAGACAGAAACAUGCGAGUUGCUAAUACUUGACAGAUCUGUAGAUCAGAUUGCUCCUAUCAUACAUGAAUGGACAUAUGACGCCAUUUGCCAUGAUUUACUGAAUUUGGAGGGAAAUAAAUAUGUGCAAGAGGUUCCUGGCAAAACUGGUGGUCCACCUGAGAAAAAAGAGGUUCUUUUGGAGGAUCAUGAUCCUGUCUGGCUUGAGCUUCGACAUGCACAUAUAGCAGAUGCUAGUGAGCGGUUGCAUGAGAAGAUGACCAACUUCAUUUCAAAGAAUAAAGCUGCGCAAAUGCAACAUGGUUCAAGGGAUGGAGGUGAGCUAUCUACACGGGAUUUGCAAAAGAUGGUUCAAGCACUACCUCAGUAUAGUGAACAAAUUGACAAGCUCUCCCUCCAUGUAGAGGUUAGCAUCUUUGUUUAUGUGAUUUUUUUAUUAUUUUUUUGGGUGUUGUGGGGCAAGGGAUUGUGAAUAAUUUAAAACUCU